GGAGGAGGAGGAGCAGUAGCAGGCCUCCGGACCCCCGCACCGCCGCCCGCAGGACAUUUCUGACUUAAUUGCAUCCUUGAAGAGCAUCAGUAGAAGUGGAAAAAAAGAAAGAUGGGUGUGAAAACAUUUACUCACAGUUCUUCUUCCCAUAGCCAGGAAAUGCUGGGAAAACUAAAUAUGUUACGAAAUGAUGGACAUUUUUGUGAUAUCACUAUUCGUGUCCAGGACAAAAUUUUCCGGGCUCAUAAGGUAGUACUAGCAGCUUGCAGUGAUUUCUUUCGAACAAAACUUGUUGGCCAAGCAGAGGAUGAGAACAAAAAUGUGUUGGAUCUGCAUCAUGUUACAGUGACUGGCUUUAUACCUCUAUUAGAAUACGCUUACACAGCCACUCUGUCAAUUAACACAGAAAAUAUUAUUGAUGUUCUUGCUGCAGCAAGCUACAUGCAAAUGUUUAGUGUUGCUAGUACCUGCUCAGAGUUUAUGAAAUCAAGUAUUUUGUGGAAUACACCUAAUAGCCAGCCAGAAAAGGGUCUAGAUGCUGGACAAGAAAAUAGUUCUAACUGCAAUUUUACUUCUCGAGAUGGAAGUAUUUCUCCAGUGUCUUCAGAGUGCAGUGUUGUGGAAAGGACCAUUCCUGUCUGCCGAGAAUCCCGGAGAAAACGCAAAAGCUACAUUGUUAUGUCCCCUGAGAGUCCUGUAAAAUGUAGCACACAAACAAGUUCACCCCAGGUAUUGAAUUCUUCAGCUUCCUAUGCAGAAAAUAGAAAUCAGCCAGUUGACUCUUCUUUAGCUUUUCCAUGGACUUUCCCUUUUGGAAUUGAUCGAAGGAUUCCGCCUGAGAAAGCGAAGCAGGCAGAAAACACCCGGACUUUAGAAUUGCCUGGCCCAUCUGAGGCAGGUAGAAGAAUGGCUGACUAUGUGACUUGUGAGAGCACAAAAACUACCUUGCCUCUAGGUACAGAAGAAGAUGUGCAAGUCAAAGUAGAAAGAUUAAGUGAUGAGGAGGUCCAUGAGGAAGUGUCCCAGCCUGUCAGUGCAUCUCAGAGCUCACUGAGUGAUCAGCAGACAGUGCCAGGAAGUGAACCAGUUCAAGAGGACCUUCUGAUUAGUCCACAGUCUUCCUCUAUAGGCUCAGUAGAUGAAGGAGUUACAGAGGGGUUGCCUGCACUUCAGAGCACUUCUAGCACCAAUGCUCAUGCCGAUGAUGACGACAGAUUGGAAAAUGUUCAGUAUCCCUACCAACUCUACAUUGCUCCUUCUACCAGCAGUACAGAGCGACCAAGUCCAAAUGGUCCCGACAGACCUUUCCAGUGUCCGACCUGUGGGGUUCGAUUCACCCGCAUUCAGAACCUAAAACAGCACAUGCUUAUUCACUCAGGAAUUAAACCAUUUCAGUGUGACCGCUGUGGAAAAAAGUUCACCAGGGCUUACUCGCUAAAGAUGCAUCGCCUAAAGCAUGAAGGUAAACGCUGUUUCCGGUGCCAGAUAUGUAGUGCCACUUUCACUUCCUUCGGGGAAUAUAAACACCAUAUGAGGGUUUCCCGGCACAUUAUCCGCAAGCCUCGGAUUUACGAGUGCAAAACAUGUGGCGCCAUGUUCACCAACUCUGGAAAUUUAAUCGUGCACCUGAGGAGUCUGAACCAUGAAGCAUCAGAGCUAGCAAACUACUUCCAGAGCAGUGAUUUCUUAGUGCCGGACUACUUAAACCAGGAGCAAGAAGAGACUCUUGUUCAGUAUGAUCUUGGAGAACACACUUUUGAAAGCAACUCUUCUGUUCAAAUGCCUGUGAUUUCACAGGUCUCCUCAACCCAGAAUUGUGAAAGCUCUUUCCCCUUGGGGUCUCUUGGUGGGCUUGCAGAAAAGGAGGAGGAGGUGCAAGAGCAACCAGAGACCAGUGCUCAUGCUGAGGCCCCCAGAGAAGACCCCCCUAAGUCAGAGCUGGCUUCUAUAACUGUCGAGUGAUUCUGUGAUGUGGCCGCCACGAGUUUGGUUUUUGGAAAGUGCCUGUGCUUGGUCUUAUAUGUUUAAAUUUAAUUUUUCAAACAAAGAAGAGUUCCCCUUGUAAGCCCUGAAAUUGGAGGGUUGCUUUGUUUUGAUUUUUUCAUAGCUGAGAGAUUGCUUCUGUAUGUGUACAAUAAGGUAACAUUGAAACAGAACAUAAACUCUGAGACUUAAGGGAAAGCAGCUGAUUUCAAACGUGGCAGUUCUUCCUCCCAUUGUUAAAGGUGGGCAGCAGCAGAUACAGAAGAAAGCAGGUUGUUGUUGACCUUCCUGAGAUGAGAGGGCUCAUUGGAAGUUUCUAAACAGAAUUUGACAAUGCCUAAGUAAAUGUUUACUCCUAGCUGCAGGGUGUUAUAAACCCUGUAGUUUUGGAAGUAUUUAUGGUAAUUUUUUUUCAAAUGAAGGUAAAUAACUUUUGAAAUCCAGCAUAUUCUUUUUUUAAGCCAUUAUGAAUUUUCAUGGUGAAAAAUUGGUAUUGGGCAGGCAUUUCCUGUACCUUUAUAGUAGCACUCCAAAGGCUGAGAGGUGUGACUGAGGGGAGGUCAGGCUGUGCAUGGAGUAGCCAGGGUGCAGAAUGAGGUUUGUAUACCCCAGCUUUAUAGGAAUUGGUGUAAUACUGUUUUUCUUACUGGAAUGAAUGUUUACCUGGCCUUUGAAUGCUGAUACCUGACUAACUAGGACAUUGCCCAGAUUAAGUGUCCUCUUGUCCCAUCAACAGUACUUUCACUUGCAUAUACUAUUGUGCUGCCAUAUAAAAGAAAAAUAUUGAAGAUAUUCUAUAUUUUAUAUAUAGGUUUAUGUAUUGUUGGGGAUGUUUAUGCUGUACUGUUUUGGACAAAAUAAAAGAAUUCUGUUUUGAGGCUACA